UCUUGCUUGCUUGACGUAGGUGGUGGUCGAAGUACUGGUGGUGGUCGAAGUACUAGUGGUGGCAGAGGUGGCAGGAGGAAAGUUAGUGCUGUUGCCUCUACUGCUCAUCAUUCCUUCCUCGUCCUCGACUCACAGUAUUCGUCUUCUCCUCUCCUCUCCUUUCCUCUCCUUUCCUCUCCUUUCCUCUACCCUACUUCCCUCGUCCCUUCGUCUUUCGCCUUCCCCCAUUGUUUUCCUGCUACGUCUUUGCUGCAGCCCGAACCCACCUAUCCGCCCAUGGUCUGCCUGCAGAGCCGCCAUCAUGGCCCCGUUGCCAGCAGUAGCCUCGCCUCUCAUGUAUCGAUGCUUCAUAAAACAACACGCGUUGCUCCAACCCUUGCCGUCUCUUUCCAAGCUUACAUGUAG